CAGCUCACACAUGGUGCUCAUCGGGGCUUUCGUAAUGGACGUCGCACUCGUGGUACGCACCUGCAGCGAAUACAUCGCAAGUGUAGAGAGAUUGCUUACGAAAGCCACGACGACCUGAUGCGAGUCCUCAACGAACUACACACGACGCUGAAGACCUACCACCUGUAUCAGACGGAGUGUCGGCAGUCGGAGGUAAAGCUGAGGAAUGUGGAGAACCAGCGCGGGAAGCUCGAUCAGAGCCUGAGCAAGGAGAAGCUAGCCGGCAGCAGGAAGGCACGCAUGCUCGACAAGGAGAUAUGCAAGAGGGCGUUCAAACACUCUGAGAACGAGAUGAAGGCGAUCAAGGCGAGGAACGAGUAUCUACUGUGUCUGGAGAGUGCCAACGCUGCCAUCCACAAAUACUACGUCGAAGACGUAUCCGAUCUCAUAGACUGCGUAGACUUUGGCUUCCACAACUCGGUGGCUCGUGCCUUCAUGAUGCACAUUAGCUGCGAAGAAGCUUGCAAGCAGACGCUGCAGAGUGGGAUCACAGCGAUGGACGAGUGCAUACGAAACCUGGAUGCACGCAAGGACAAGCAAAGCUUCCUAGAAGCUUACAGUUCGUCGUUCGUCAUGCCCUCCAAGUUCCUAUUCAAGGCGCACAAGGACGAUAAGGUAAACAAGUUUCUUCUCAACAAAGGCAUACAGGAGGAGGUGGUGCAGCGAUACCAGCAGCUGUGCACGCGCCUUACGGAUCUACGGACGGAGGGAGAGGAGGUGUGGAAAACGCUGGAGAGUAACCCGAGUGUAACGGGAAACGAUAUUCCACGUAUAGUUCAAAGCUGCAUCAGAACGAUAAACCUGUAUGGUCUGCAUCAUCAGGGACUAUUCAGGGUGUCUGGCUCCCAGCUUGAAAUCACGGAGUUAAAAAAUCAGUUUGAGAAAGGCGAUGAUCCACUGUUACACGGCACCGAGUGUUGCCAUGACAUCAACAGCGUCGCUGGGUUGCUGAAGCUGUAUCUACGAGAGCUGCGACAGCCUCUAUUUCCCGUCUACAUGUUUGAUCAGUUCGUGAACUGCGCAUAUGCGGAUAGAUGUGGCGCAGUGGCGCAGUACGACUAUGACGGUCGCUCCGAGAGGGAACUCACCUUCCGUAAAGGUGCCAGCAUCACUUUGCACUCACAGGUGUCAGUGGAUUGGUGGCAGGGUAGCAUCGAGGGAAAGGAAGGUCUCGUGCCGGAUAAAUACAUAGCUGUUGCAAAAUCGAGAGACACGAUGCUGUCGGACGCGUCCAGCAAGCGACCCAGCAGCUGCUUCGAGUCGCCCAUGGCAACGAGCGUCGGCUCCCAGGGACCCUACGCCGUCGUGCAGAUCGUCAAGGACGCUGGCGGCGCUCCCGUCGCCACGCUGCUCUCGUCCGACGCCGAGAAGAGCGAGAUGUACACGACCCCGCCGAAGAAGCUGGCUGCAGGCUGGAAGGCGGAAGAGGCGAGGAGGAUGACGGAGGGAGGGUCCAGCGGGCGGAGACCGAGCGGGGAUGCGACGGGAAGCGAGAGUCGCACCGCGACGCUGAAAGCGGAGAAGCCAGGAGGAGACACCGUCGGGGAAAGGAAGUCGCCGACGACGCGCGCUGUUGUCGUCAGGGAAGCCGAGGACAGGUCGCCGCGGAAGGACGUCGGCUUGCCGCCGAAGAUGACGAUCGUGAAGCGAUGCGACGCCGCCGUGGUGCACGUUGCUAAGCGACAGGAUUACUCUAAGUCGAAGACGUCGAAGAGUUGUCCGGCGCUGACUCUCAGCACGCCGCCAACAAGCGGUGACAACAUCGGCGAAGCCUCCGCCGACGCAACCGCCGACGCAACCGCCGACGUAAGUGAUAGAUACAUGUAUAUACAGGUACGUGUAGAUGAUGGCCUCACACAUCGACUCAUGCCGUACGUGUACCUCACCUACAGGUGUGUCGUUGUCGUCCUCUACAGGUACAUGGGCGCCGUGAACAUCGACGUACCGCUACCAAACAUCGAUGUCAACCAAUGUCCGGGCAACGUCUCCACGAACCUGUUCGCCGGCACUGACAAGUGUAAACCCACGACACAGGUGACAUACUUUAUCGAUUGCGAUAACGAUCAGCAUCGCUACGGCGAUUAG